AUGCGACUCUUCCUCAUUCGACAUGGAGAGACUGUCGAUAACAUUGCGCAGCUCUAUGCUGGCAGUAGAGACUCAGAGCUCACCAACCACGGAGUCAGUCAAGCAACGCGCCUUGGUCAACAUUUCAGGUCGACCGGCGUGAAGUUUACGCACAUAUUCUCUUCCCAACUUCAAAGGGCCUACAAGACUGCGGACAUCGUUCGACAGGCUCAAAGCGGACCACUUGUAUUACAAUCGCCAUUAAUUGCGGAACAAGAUUUUGGUUCAUCAGAGGGAAAGUCAUGGGCUAGUCGGGCAUCUAUUGAUCCUGACAUGAACGAUCAGCCUGUAAUACCGUCUGAAUCCCGUGAAUCUAUGGAGUCUCGCGUCGACCAGUUUCUUGACUCUCAUCUUGAGCCCAUCAUAGCACCAACCGACUCUACGGAGCAGAUCAUCGCCGUAGUCUCGCAUGGGAUCAUUUUGGGGGUUUUAUGGCGAAGAAUUCUUCGGCGCCUUCCUCCCCAAAGUGUAACCCUGUCCCCUGAGAUCGCCGCAACUAAUGCCAUGAUCGUAUUAGAACAUCUUGGUCGAUGGGGUAAUACAUGCUACCUUGAGCUUACUCUAACAUCGAAGUCGGCGACUGGAGCGGGAAUCGUCGCUAUGACCACAAGCGGUACUCUAGCAGCUACCCUUCAGCCUAUACCCAGAGAUAUGCAACCGGGCAAUAACACAGCUUCACUCGUCAGUCAUUUUGGUGAAUUCACAACAACAAUAUCCCGAGUGAAUGCUCGAGAUCACUUAAAGAGCCUCAAACGUACCGGUGGCGGCGUCGGAAGCGCCAAAUACGACUCGAGCCAGCCCGGAAUUGAAACGUUUUUCAAGAAACCUCGCAAAACUUGA